UGCUCUCUUUUCGGCUUCCGCUCUCAGUCCAUGUGAGAGAAGGAAGCUGCUGAGAUGAUCUCGGUCCGGGAUGCUGGGAGCCUUCUGGCUUUGAGCCAACGGGAAGAACUAGUGGAUUUGCCAAAAGACUACCCCUUGAGCGCCAGCGAAGAUGAGGGGGACAGUGAUGGAGAGAGAAAGCAUCAAAAGCUUCUAGAAGCAAUCAGUUCCCUUGAUGGAAAGAAUAGGCGCAAAUUGGCUGAGAGAUCUGAGGCUAGUCUGAAGGUAUCCGAGUUCAAUGUUAGUUCCAAAGGAUCAGGAGAAAAGCUGGUCCUUUCAGAUCUGCUUGAGCCUGUUAAAACUUCAUCCUCAUUGGCCAUUGUGAAAAAGCAACUCAAUAGAGUCAAAUCAAAGACAACUGUGGAGUUACCCCUUAAUAAAGAAGAGGUUGAACGGAUCCACAGAGAAGUAGCAUUCAGUAAAACCUCACAAGCCCUCUCCAAAUGGGACCCUAUUGUUCAGAAGAAUCGGCGAGCAAAGCAGCUGGUUUUUCCCCUGCACAGGAAGCAUUCAGCCUUUGCUCCCAUUGAACAUGUGCUCAGUGGCUGGAAGGCAAGAACCCCCCUGGAACAGGAAAUUUUUAACCUCCUCCAUAAGAACAAGCAGCCGGUGACAGACCCUUUACUGACUCCAGUGGAAAAGGCCUCUCUCAAAGCCAUGAGCUUGGAAGAGGCAAAGAUGCGCCGAGAAGUGCUUCAGAGGGCCCGGGCUCUGCAAUCUUACUAUGAGGCCAAGGCUCGAAGAGAGAAGAAAAUCAAAAGUAAAAAGUAUCAUAAGGUUGUGAAGAAAAGAAAGGCCAAGAAAGCCCUAAAAGAGUUUGAGCAUCUGCAGAAGGUCAAUCCAACUGCGGCACUGGAAGAACUGGAAAAAAUUGAAAAGGCCAGAAUGAUGGAGCGAAUGAGCCUUAAGCACCAGAACAGUGGGAAAUGGGCCAAGUCCAAAGCAAUUAUGGCCAAAUAUGACCUGGAGGCUCGCCAAGCUAUGCAGGAACAAUUGGCCAAGAACAAAGAACUGACACAGAAACUCCAGGUAGCUUCAGAAAGUGAGGGAGAGGAGGAAGGCGCAGAAGAGGAGGAAGAACCCAUUGUCCCCAAUGCAGUAAAUAAAGUACAGAUGAAUGCAGGGGGACCGAAUCCCUGGAUGCUCAGGAGCUGCACCAGUGACACAAGAGAGGCUGAAAUCCAGAAGGACCCUGAACAACCAUCAGAGCCUGUGGUCCAUGAGGUUUCUGAAAGUGAGGGAGAAGAAGGACCAAUGGUGGAGGAAGAAAUUUUGCUGAAAGAAUUUAAGGAAAGGCAAUCCCUUAGAAAAAGGUUUGAGCUCAAGCAGGAUACUGAGCUGGUGGGCAGUGAAGAAACAGAAGAUUCUAGCAGCCAGGAAGUGCUGUCGGAAUUGAGGGCACUGUCUCAGAAACUGAAUAAGAAAAACCAUCAGUUCAGGAAACAAAAAGUGAGUUCAGCAGAAACUGUUGUCCAGGUCCAGAGAGAACAAUCUGCCACAGAAGAAGAGGAUCCCCUGUUGCUGCAGAGCCCAGAGAGAGUACAGACUCUGGAAGAGCUAGAAGAGCUGGGCAAAGAAGGAUGUUUUCAAAAUAAGGAGCUUCCCAGACCUGUGUUAGAAGGGCAGUGCUCAGAGAGGAACCCAAAUAAUCGGCCUGAUGCCCCUAAGGAGAAGAAAAAGAAGGAGCAAAUGAUUGAUCUACAGAACCUCCUAACCACAAAGUCUCCUUCUGUGAAGUCUUUGGCAGUUCCCACCACGAUAGAGGAGUUGGAAGAUAAAGAGGAGAGAGACCAAAAGCAAGUGAUAAAGGAAGCGUUUGCUGGGGAUGAUGUCAUCAGAGACUUCUUGAGAGAAAAGAGGGAAGCUGUGGAGGCGAGUAAGCCCAAGGACCUGGACCUGACGCUGCCUGGCUGGGGCGAGUGGGGAGGUGUGGGCCUGAAGCCCAGUGCCAAGAAAAGACGCUGGUUUCUCAUUAAAGCCCCUGAGGGUCCUCCAAGAAAAGACAAGAAUUUGCCAAAUGUGAUUAUCAAUGAGAAGCGCAACAUCCAUGCAGCAGCUCAUCAGGUGCGAGUGCUUCCAUAUCCAUUCACCCACCAUCAGCAAUUUGAAAGGACCAUUCAGACCCCUAUAGGAUCCACAUGGAACACCCAGAGGGCCUUCCAAAAGCUGACUACUCCCAAGGUUGUCACCAAGCCAGGCCAUAUCAUUAGGCCCAUAAAAGCAGAGGAUGUGGGCUACCGGUCUUCCUCAAGGUCGGACCUCUCUGUCAUGCAGAGGAAUCCAAACCGACUCUCUGCACGCCACAAAAAACACCUGAAGAAAAACUCUACAGAUUGAGUUGCUGGAGGUGUGACAUCUUGGUGCCCCACUCCUUUGGCCCAGUUUUACUGUGUGCUGCAGGAUCAGUUCCAAAACUGGCUUAGCACACUGCGGGUGUGGUUAAGCCACAUUUUAGAAAU